GACUUUAUUGAUUGAUUCAAAUAACAUCUGUAAACCACACCACCCUCAUUAACAGAUACAGCAAUAAAGAAUGCCAGAGCUUCGAAAAAUUGCAAAUACUGGACAUUCUCCAUAAAAAAAAAUAUUUCAAGCUCGCUGGAUCUGGAUGUCGGUAUAGCCUGCACUAUACUUUGUUAUAAGUUUUGUCAUCAUCUUCACCGGUCUUCGACUUCCUCUUUCCGUAGUAAGACACAAUGGCGUCUGGUACUCUGUACACGUACCCAGAGAAUUUCCGGGCUUACAAGGCCCUGAUUGCGGCCCAGUACUCCGGUGCUCAGCUAAAAGUUGCUGAGAACUUCAUUUUUGGGGAGACUAAUAAAACUGAUGCGUUCCUCAAGAAGUUCCCAAUGGGAAAGGUCCCGGCGUUUGAAUCAACGGAUGGACAAUGUCUCACAGAGAGCAAUGCUAUUGCCUAUCACGUGUCAAAUGAGGAACUACGAGGAAAGACUGAACUUGAACGUGCUCAGAUAAUUCAGUGGAUGAGCUUUGCUGACUCUGAGAUUCAUCCUGCUAGUUGUGCUUGGGUAUUUCCACUUCUGGGCAUAAUGCCAUACAACAAACAGACCAGGGAACACGCUAAAGAGGAUAUCGCGAAAGUUUUGGGUACCCUGAACGUCCACCUCUUAUCCAAAACCUACUUAGUCGGCGAGCGCAUCACCCUUGCAGACAUCAGUGUUGCCACGACCCUUCUCCACCUAUAUCAGUACGUUUUGGACCCGAAAUUCCGUCAACCUUACCAGAAUACCAACAGAUGGUUCCAGACUAUUGUCAAUCAACCAGAAACCAUAAAAGUCAUCGGGGCAUUCAAAUUGGCUGACAAAGCCCUGGAGUAUGACCCCAAAAAGUUCGCCCAGUCACAGGGAAAGGCGAAGAAGGAGAAGAAAGAAGCACCCAAGGAGGAAGAGCCCGUUGAGGAGCUUGAUGCUGCUGAUGCUGCUCUAGCUGCGGAGCCGAAAAGCAAAGAUCCCUUCGAUCUUUUACCUAAAGGUACCUUCAAUAUGGACGACUUCAAACGGUGCUAUUCCAAUGAGGAUGAGGCUGUAUCAGUUCCUUACUUCUGGGAGAAAUUCGAUUCUGAAAACUACAGCAUCUGGUUCGGCGAGUACAAGUACAACCACGAAUUAACUAAGACAUUCAUGUCUUGCAAUCUCAUCGGUGGUAUGUUCCAACGUCUUGAUAAGAUGAGGAAGGCAGCAUUCGCCAGUGUUUGUCUGUUUGGAACUGACAACGACAGCUCUAUUAGUGGCGUUUGGGUUUGGCGUGGACAAGAUCUUGCAUUCACACUAAGCCCAGACUGGCAAAUCGAUUACGACUGUUAUAACUGGAAGAAACUUGACCCCAAGGACGCACCAACGAAGGAACUCGUUGACAAAUACUUCAGUUGGACAGCUAACGACAGCCAGGGGCGCAAGUUCAAGGAGGGCAAGAUUUUUAAAUAAAAUCCGUCGUACGCUUUACAAUAAGAGGGACAGAACUUUAUUCAACGCAAAAUAAACAUUGAAAAAUAAUACCAUCAAA